AUGUUCUUUCUGAUUCUCUGGUAUUUUCUGACUUUCUCGUUGUCUCUGACAUUCUUUGUUUCUCUUUGUCACGGACUCUGUCUCUCUCAUUGUCUCUGCCCCCCCCUCUCUCUCUCUCUCUCGUUGUCCUUCACUCUAUUCAUUUCUGGUUCACUCUCUCUCUCGUUUUCUCUCACUCCCUGCCUUUCUCUUUCGUUAUCUGCCAUUCACGUAUUCUCUGACUCUCUGUCUCUCUACCUUUCACGUUGUCUCUCUCUGGCUGCCUUUCUCUUUUUUUUUUUUUUUGACAUUCUCAAAGACAAACAAUCUUUCUCUCUCUGUCUUUCUUUUUCUCUUUUCUCUCUCUCUCUCUCUCUCUCUCUCUGUCUUUCUUUUCCCUUUAUCUCUCUCUCUCUCUGUCUUUCUUUUCCCUUUAUCUCUCUCUCUCUCUCUGUCUUUCUUUUCCCUUUAUCUCUCUCUCUCUCUCUGUCUUUCUUUUUUUUCUUUUCUCUCUCUCUCUCUCUGUCUUUCUUUUCCUUUUUCUCUCUCUCUCUCUGUCUUUCUUUUCCCUUUAUCUCUCUCUCUCUCUCUCUCUUUUCUUUCUUUUCUCUCUUUCUCUCUUUUUUCUCUCUCUCUUCUUUUUCCCUUUUUCUCUCUCUCUGUCUUUCUUUUCCCUUUAUCUCUCUCUCUCUCUCUGUCUUUCUUUUCCCUUUUUUAUCUCUCUGUCUUUCUUUUCCCUUUUUCUCUCUCUGUCUUUCUUUUCCCUUUUUCUUUCUCUUUAACUCUAUCUCUCUUUCUCUUUAA